AUGUCAAGUGUACAUAUUUCCAUUGCUGUAAGAGCAGUGGAUCCUGAUACGGAUCCCGAUGACAAUGAACCUGAAAGUGCUUGGUUGGUACAAGAUAACGCAAUUCAUCUCAUAGACAACACUGCAAUUCCAAACAAUGAUUACCCCAUGCACUUUGAUCGCGUUUUCGAUCGGAAUGUUUCAAAUGAAGUAGUUUACAACGAUAUAGUUGCACCGCUUAUUUCUGACGUCACAAGAGGUUAUAAUGGGUCUCUUAUGGUCUGUGGGCCUUCGUUUAUUAGCAAACAAUUCACGAUGGAGGACAUGUUUACGGACGCCGGACUGAUCCCUAGAGCGAUCGAGCAAAUCUUCAAAAUAGCCAGCAAAGAAAAAAAACGAGGAAACUUCAUAAUUCGAUGCUCAAACAUCAUGCUUUAUAAAGAUAAAGUUUACGAUUUGUUGAGAUUUUCUGCAAAGGAGGUCAACAUCGUCACCGUUGAGCAUGGAAAAGUUACAAUUGGGGCCAAAGAAGCUGUCGUUUCAACCAAAAAUCAAGCUACGGAUGUAUUUCAACUUGGUUUGGUGAAUAGAGAUUUAUACCAAGAAAAUGGAACAAUGGAUGCCACCGUUUGUGAUAUGAUAUUUCGAAUUAUAGUUGAACACACAGAAAAAGGCAAAGAUAACAAACUCAUCGUGCAUUCAGGUUGCUUGAAUAUGGUUACUUUAGGAGGAUCUGAUGCUGGACCUAAUCAACCAGGUACUUCUACAUCUAAUUCUGACGCACAGUAA